AUGAAGGAGUCAACUUCGCACCAGGAAGUUCGCCACAGUUACGUAGAGAAACUCCCCUUCGUAAAAAAUGCCGAAAGUUCACACAGAUUGGACAUAAAAGACCAAGUGGAGAAAUGCGAAAGGGACAAAAAAAACAUAAAAAGAGAAAUGUACAAAUUUAUUAGCGGCAUAAAAAAGGGACAUAAACAAAGUCAUCACGUGAAUUAUAACCUUGGUGUUUUCUGCAGGACGGCUCCACCCUAUGUGAAUAUCUCCUCAUGGAGCACUCAAGGUGGAGGUACCAUAAAUGGACAUCGACGCGAACCCCAGAGAGGCUGUAGCACUCCAAAGGAGAGGAACUCUAAGAAGAGCACCUUCCCUUGCAGGGAUUACGAAAAUGAGGAAGAUUUGAAGAAGCAUAACUUUUUAUUCAAUCGACAUGAGUCCCAGGAAAGGGGAUCUCAGAAUUACCUCCACGCAUUUCUCAAAAGUACGGACUUGCAUCGUUCAUCCAUUUUUGAUGAUUACACCAAUGGAGGACGCGCAGCCAGUUGGGGAAUGUUCCAGUCAGAAGGGCUUUCCCUUUUGGGGGGAAAAAAGUUAUAUGAGGAGAUACACCAAGAUUGUUCCAAAGCUGGAGUGAGUCCACGUUGGGGGGAUCCAUGUGGGGAAUUCCCCCCCUGUGGGGUUAUCCUCUCUGGAGUCACUUCCUCACGGAAGAGGCUGAAGGUUGAUCUGAAAAGCAGGGCUCUACACGGGCAGAAUCGAAGCAGACACCAGAAAAGUAGCAGCAACUGUUCCAACGAGUCGACAAAAAUCAUCGACCAGUUUGUGAAAAGCAUCGAAAGGAAUCAGUCAGGGGAAAAGGAAAAGAAAGAAAAGAUGGACGGGGAAAAAGUAAAUUUUGGCGAGGUAAAUUUUGGCGCGGUCCCCCCAGAGGGUACCGCCGUACACGGAAUGAACAUCCAAAAUUUGAGCAUCCCUGAUGGGGACACAAUUAGAACGAGGAGGAGUAAAACCGACGCUGUUUGUCAUGCCGCUUAUCAGGCCGCUGAUCAGGACGCUCAUCACGACGCUGACCAGGACGCCUCAAUGGUGCUUCAAGAAUACAAACAGAUGAUAAAGGACAAUAAAAAAAUGCUGAACCUGCUGCAAAGAGUCAUGCACCACAUUGAACUAACGAACAGGAGCAGCGAAGUAAAUAAAAAAAUUGAAAAAGGUAUAAGUACGUACUUGAGGAAAGUCGAAAGGAUGGUAAGCAAAUAUAGGGAAGCGCUGGAAUGUAAUGAUUUUAACAGAACUAGAAGAUUGCAUCGCCACUUUAGGGCCAACGAAAUGGUGAUGUUAAGAUAUGUACUGAACUAUGUCAUCGAUCUUAUGCGUAUCGUAAGGUACCAGUGCAGGGACCUUCGGCGGAAAAUCGAGCGAGAAAUUUGCGAGGUGCAGCGGGCAAUUUGGCGACCCCCCGGCUGGUCGCUCCCUCCAUGA